AUGACAGCAGUGACGGACUACAAGUCAAGGAUGUCACAAGAUGCAGAAUCACCAUCAUCUCUGCCAUUAAACCCAGUAUCCAUCCCUAGUGCUAGAAACCCAGUAUCUAUCCCUAGUGCUAGAAACCCAGUAUCUAUCCCUAGUGCUGGAAACCCAGUAUCUAUCCCUAGUGCUGGAAACCCAGUAUCUAUCCCUAGUGCUAGAAACCCAGUAUCUAUCCCUAGUGCUGGAAACCCAGUAUCUAUCCCUAGUGCUAGAAACCCAGUAUCUAUCCCUAGUGCUGGAAACCCAGUAUCUAUCCCUAGUGCUAGAAACCCAGUAUCUAUCCCUAGUGCUGGAAACCCAGUAUCUAUCCCUAGUGCUAGAAACCCAGUAUCUAUCCCUAGUGCUGGAAACCCAGUAUCUAUCCCUAGUGCUAGAAACCCAGUAUCUAUCCCUAGUGCUAGAAACCCAGUAUCUAUCCCUAGUGCUGGAAACCCAGUAUCUAUCCCUAGUGCUAGAAACCCAGUAUCUAUCCCUAGUGCUAGAAACCCAGUAUUUAUUCCUAGUGCUGGAAACCCAGUAUCUAUCCCUUGUGCUAGAAACCCAGUAUCCAUCCCUAGUGCUGGAAACCCAGUACCCAUCCCUAAUGCUAGAAACCCAGUAUCUAUCACUAGUGCUAGAAACCCAGUAUCUAUCCCUAGUGCUAGAAACCCUAUAUCCAUCCCUAGUGUUAGAAACCCUAUAUCCAUUCCUAGUGUUAGAAACCCAGUAUCUAUCCCUAGUGUUAGAAACCCAGUAUCCAUCCCUAGUGCUAGAAACCCAGUAUCUAUCCCUAGUGCUGGAAACCCAGUAUCUAUCCCUAGGGCUAGAAACCAAGUAUCCAUCCCUAGUGCUAGAAACCCAGUAUUUAUCCCUAGUGCUAGAAACCCAGUAUCCAUCCCUAGUGCUAGAAACCCAGUAUCUAUCCCUAGUGUUAGAAACCCAGUAUCCAUCCCUAAUGCAUGA